AUGUUGGAGGGACUGGUCGCUAACCUGCUCAACCGCUUCCUGGGCAUUUACGUCAAGAACUUCGAUGCCACGCAGCUCAACAUCGGCAUCUGGUCAGGCGAUGUGAAGCUGCGGAAUCUUGAGUUGCGCCGGGAAGCACUUGAUCAACUACACCUCCCCUUAAACGUCGUCGAAGGCCAUCUGGGCGAACUCACAUUAUCCAUCCCGUGGUCUAAUUUGAGGGGUAAGCCUGUCAAGGUCGACAUUGAGGAUGUCUUCCUUCUCGCCGCACCGAAGGAGGAUGCGGAUUACGAUGCCGACGAGGAGGACAAAAGAGCACACACAUUGAAAAUGGAACGCAUCGAGAGCGCUGAGAUUCUUCGCGAGCGUAAUGCGGACGGCAUGAGCCAGGAAGAGCAGCGGCGGAACCAGAGUUUCACCCAAAGCAUGAUUACAGCCGUUGUGGACAAUCUCCAGAUUUCGAUCAAGAACGUUCAUUUCCGUUAUGAAGACUCUGUUGCUUCACCUGGCCACCCCUUCGCCGUGGGAUUGACGUUGAAGGAACUCAGUGCCGUCAGCACUGACUCGGAAUGGAAUCCUACCUUUAUCCAGUCCACCUCUGACACUACACACAAGCUCGCAGUCCUCGGUGCUCUUUCAGUGUAUUGGAAUACGGACGCGACUCUUUUGGGUACCGGACGAGGAUCGGAUAUCGGCGCAGAGGCCCAGGGUAUCAGCCACGAUGAGCUGAUGGAGAAACUCCGCACGGCAAUCGACAGUGAAGAAGGCAACCAAUUCAUGCUUCGACCCGUCAGCGGUCGCGCAGGACUUGAGUUGAACAAAUCGGGCAAGUAUGACCGUCCUGCCAUGAAAGCACGGUUGCUCUUCGAUGAGCUCGGUUUUGUCUUGGAUGAGAACCAAUACCGCGAUGCGUUGAUGCUGGUAGACCUGUUCCACUACUUCAUCCGCCACCAGGAAUACAAGCGAUUCCAGCCUAAAAUCUCGGUCAAGGAGGAUCCUCGGGCAUGGAUGAAGUUUGCCGGAGAUGCAGUUCUCAGCAAGAUCCACGAUCGAAACCGACGAUGGACAUGGGACUACAUAAAGGAGCGCAGAGAUGAUCGCCUUUCAUACAUCAACCUAUUCAAGAAACGGAAGAGAGAAGAAGCAUUUACCCCGGAAGAAACCAAGGAGCUAGAGAGAUUGGAAUGGAAGCUCAGUUAUGAGGAUAUUCGGUUCUGGCGAUCCCUGGCUCGGAAUCAGCUUCGCAAAGAAAAUGUCGGCAUCAAAAAGCCGGCCCAACACCAGUCUUGGGGCGAAUGGCUCUGGGGCAGCAAGAAGGAAGAAUCGGAGGAGCCUGCCAUGACCGAAGAGCAGCGACAGGAGUUGUAUAGUGCCAUCGAUUGGGACGAAAAGAAGGCCCUUGCGGAAAGUGUCGAUGUUCCUCGAGAGUGGGUCAAGUUGCAGGUCAAUUGGAGUCUUCGGGCUGGUAGCUUCACCUUAAAGAAGGAUCCUCACGGGGCAGCAAAUGAGGUCAUGAGGCUUGUCUUUGACAAUUUCCGAGCCAAGGCCCUCCAGCGCCCAGAUUCCUAUCUACUCGACAUCGAUCUCGGAGGAUUGAAGAUGUACGACGGUACCACUGUUGGUACUCUCUACCCUCAGAUUGUGAGAGUCAAAGACUCUCUCCCUGAGCCCGCAAAGGAUCAACCCAGCACGGAUGAUGAUGAACUAGCCUCUCAGGCCAGUGCAGAUGACAUCGAAGAUGAAGACAGUCUAUUCCAUCUGCAACUGGAGAAGAAUCCGUUGGAAAGCGAUGCGGAUUCAGCAGUAAAGGUCAAGCUGAAGAGUAUCGAAGUCAUCUAUAACCCUCGGUUCCUGGUGGGCAUUGUUAAAUUCUUCCAACCUCCUGAGCGGCACAUGGAGUCGAUCGGUGCACUCUUAGAUACAGCUGGAGCUACGGUCGAGGGCCUGCGGCAACAAACCCGAGCAGGCUUGGAAUUUGCCUUGCAGGAACACAAGAAGGUGGACGCGCAAUUCGACGUGCACGCACCAUUGAUCAUCGUGCCCGAAAGCAUUACGCAAGAAAGCUCUCUGUGUUUGAUUUUGGAUGCGGGUCAUGCCAGUGUCAACAGUGAGCUGGUCGACCGACAGGCCAUGCGGGAUCUGCAAUCAAAACAGAAACGCCAAUACGAAGAGGAAGACUACAAGCAGCUCGAACACUUACUUUAUGACCGUUUCCUCAUCAAGCUGGAUUCCACUCAAGUUCUAAUCGGACCUGGAGUGGAGGCAACCAAAGCGCAGCUCAACUCGGGUGUCGAAUCCAAGAACUUCCAUAUCAUCGACCGUAUCAAUGUGGACUUCGUUCUUGAGAUGUGUAUUGUUCCCAAGGUGACACAACUCACCCGGACCCGUAUCUCAGGCCAUUUGCCAGAACUACAUGCGACUAUGUCGGACACCAAGUACAAGGGCUUAAUGAAGUUGAUUGAUAUUGCGAUCCCACAAUUCGAUGACAGCAAAGACUCUACUGGCCCGGUGGCUAAAGCACCCGACGAAACUGAGAAGGCAAUUGCAACCAGAGCCAGAUCGGCAUCGUUUCAACCCGCGGCUCAACGAGAUCUUCCUGUUGUUGACGAUGAUGAAGCCGAUUCAGAAAGCGAUCAUGCCAAGAAGAGCCUGGAAACUUCUAACAACAUCCACCGUCGAGACUUCGAAUUCAAGUUCAAUGUUGGUCGCCUUCGUGGCUCUCUUUUCCGGUCUGACUCGCAAGACCCGCUCAAGGACCAGCUCCUGGUCGAAUUGGUUGCCGAAGGGUUUGGUCUUGACUUCUAUAUGCGCCCUUACGAUAUGGUUGCCGAGGUCAUCCUGAAGUCCUUGAGUGUCGAUGAUUAUAUCGAGGAGAACCCCGUACCAGAGUUUAAAAGAAUCAUUUCUUCCAAGGGAUUCAACGCUGAUGAGGACAAGGAUCUUUUCCACUUAAAGAUGGUUCGGGUCAAGCCCGAGUCUCCCGAAUUCGACACGACAUAUGAAGGAGUUGCAAUGAACCUUGAUAUAUCAGUCUCCACCAUCAAUCUUGUCGUGACGAGGAAGACGCUCCUGACCUUGCUUGACUUCAUUCUCCUGACUUUCACGAGUCCACAGCAGCCGGCUGAUGAGAACCCACAAUCGGAUAAGGCUAUACAAGAAACGGGCAAUGUGGAACAAGUGUCCCAGCAAGCUGGAAAAAUUCGCAUCAAGGCAAACUUGAAGAGUAUUGCACUUAUUCUGAACAACGACGGAGUUCGGCUGGGCACCUUGAGUCUUAACACCGGUGAUGUUGGAAUCUUCCUCGUGGGCGGUGCUAUGAGCAUCCAGUCUCGGAUCGGCAGCCUCACCCUCGUUGACGAUGUCAAUUUGGGCGCACCAGAAGACUCGGAUGUUCGUCGUCUUUUGACCAUUGAAGGCGACAACUUCGCGGACUUCAAAUAUGAGACUUUCGACCCUAAAAGCGAUACCUAUCCCGGAUACGACUCCGAGGUGUAUUUGCGAUCCGGCUCGAUCAAGAUCAAUUUCAUGGAAGAGCCUUAUAGGAAGAUUAUUAACUUCCUCGUCAAAUUCGGCAAGAUGCAAGCAAUCUUCAACGCAGCUCGUCAGGCUGCGGCGAACCAAGCAAACCAGCUUCAAGAAAACCCCUCGCGGAUGCGGCUGGACAUUGUGGUCAAUACCCCCAUUGUGGUAUUCCCGCGAGUGAUGGCGGACGAAUGGCCUCGAGACACGAUUACUGCCUACCUUGGUGAGAUCUACGCUAAGAAUGAGUUUGUUCCCAUGGACGAAUCCAAGGAUAGCCCAGCUGUGAAUGUGAUCUCUACCGGCGUUCGCAACAUCCGCCUGACUUCGAGAUUUAACUUCGAUGAAGGCUUGGUAGAAGAACUAGAGAUGAUUCAGAAGGUGAACCUCGACUUCAGCAUUUGCUAUCUGGAACAUCAGGCCAACAACCCACGCCCGGACAUGGAGAUUGAAGGCUCCUUAUCCCCUAUCAACCUUCGGAUCUCUCAGAGCCAAUUGAAGUUUUUGCUGGCCCUGUCCAAGUCAAUUCCAGGCGCCUUUGCAACUGAUGCUGAACAACAGGAACUUGAGGCCCUAGAAUCUCUGCCCUCAUCGGUCACUGAACCCACACGGGAGGCCACUUCAAAGGCUGUACAGGCUCAGAAGGACAUGGAAGCAGCCACAGCUGAUGAUAGCACGAGCAAGGAGACAUGGGUGCGACUUGAUAUGAUUUUCAAGGUCGACAGCGUUGGACUGGAGCUUAUCCUGGCCAAUGACAACCAGCCUGUUGGCCGUUUGGAGGACUCCAGCCUAUCGAAGUUCUCUCUUAACGACACCAGAGUCAAGCUCCGCAUGUUGACAGAUGGCUCACUGGAGUCAGAGCUUCUGAUCCACUCAUUCUCCAUUCGUGACAGCCGUCGACAGGACUCAAAUAAGUUCAGAAACAUCAUGUCCUUGAUCAACAAUGACGUUCAGCAACAAUUCAUGGCUAGCCUUUCCAUGUCCCCUGGGCCGGAUAAGCAUCUUAUCGCGAUGUUAACCAUUGAUAGUCCUCGGAUCAUGUUUGCUCUAGACUAUCUAUCUGCCUUGCAGGACUUCAGCAACUCUGCAUUUACCAGCGAUGAACCGGCAGGAGCUGUGCAAGAAGAGGCUGGCUCAGUCGAUGAAUCCGAAUUGGACUCUGAGGAUGAUUCCACCGACAAAGCCGUGACUGAAGUUUUUGCCGGAGAUGGCGCAGGCGGAUCGACCACUGUUUCGUUCCGCGUCAAUCUGGUCGAUGCCCAGGUUAUCAUGGUGGCCAACCCCGCCAUUCCUCACUCCGAGGCUAUCGUUCUCGGGACCAAGGAGAUACUCAUUUCCCACCAGAAUGUCUCUACAUUGCAGAUUCAAAAGGUUGGCAUGUUUUUGUGCCGCAUGGACAAGUUUGAGACUAGUCGACUUCGCAUUCUGGAUGAUUUUACCCUUGAGUUGUCCGUUGAUAGUCGGCCACAGGAUAAAGGCUCCGCUAUUACCUCGAUUGAGGUCCAUCUUGAGCCUCUUGUCCUUCGUCUAUCUCUGCGCGAUAUUCUGAUGGCAAUUCAGAUUGUCAACAAGGCCUCCGAGAUGAGAGCCCAGAACGCACAGCAAAUAGAGAGCGGAGAGGCGAAGAAGAUCACUGAUGUGCAAAGUACAAGAGCCCGGUCUGGCAGUAAAACAUCUUCCACCUUGGCCAACAGAACUCGCCGGCGUUUGAGCCAAACGGUUGAGACGAUCGACAAGAGUAUCCCGCAAAGCUCAGCCGUUCUGAAGCGUGAGGAGCUGUCAGCGAAAGUCGAUGGUGUCCGAGUUAUCCUUAUCGGUGACUUGCAUGACCUGCCGCUGCUUGACUGGAGUGUCAAGAAAUUCAAUGUGGAUGUGCGAGACUGGUCAUCCACCUUGAACAUGGAUACUAGUCUCGAUACAUUCCUCAAUGUGUAUAACUUCUCCAAGUCGGCUUGGGAGCCAUUGAUCGAACCCUGGCAGUUGGGAUUCCAUAUGGCCAAGGAAGUCAACCCAGACGUGUUCUCCAUUGAUGCUUACUCUCACAAAACGAUGGAGCUCACGGUCACAUCGGCUACAAUCGCGCUUGCGUCCAAAUCUUUCCAGUUCCUUUCCACCGAUGAAGACGUUCUUUCCAAACCGCGAGGCGCUGAUGCCCCCUACCGAAUUCGCAACUACACCGGUUUUGAUCUCCGGGUAUGGGCCGAUGUCGGUGCGGGAGAAGAUGGCCCGGCUGCUAAGCUGAGCGAUGGAGAGGAAUACCCGUGGCGAUUUGAAGACUCUAAAGCUGUCCGAGAGACUCUAACACCGGAAGGUCAGGGUGGGAUCGUCGGAGUUAAGCUGGAAGGAAGUGGAUUCGAUAGCAUCAGCCGCAUUCCCGUCGUUCGGGAAGGUGAGAAGGUGUAUAGCCUGAAGCCGAAGCGCGACACUGUCCUCCACCGUCUACUAGUGGAGGUCAGCCUUGGAGCUGACAACGUCAAGUACAUCACAUUCCGCUCGCCACUCCUUGUGGAGAACAAUACCCAAAUCCCCGUUGAGAUGGGUGUGUUUAGUCCCGAUGAAGGUCAUCUCUUGAAGAUUGAGAAAAUCCUUCCAGGCGAUGCUCGACCGGCGCCCGUUGGGUCAGCAUAUCUCCACUCUAUUGUCAUUCGUCCUGACCAGGGCUUUGGCUAUGACUGGUCGAACGAGCGACUGUUCUGGAAGGAACUCAUUCGAAGACCUACACGGACCAUCAAAUGCGUCAGCGAAAGUGGACAACAGUCGCCGCCCUUCUAUUUCCAAGUUAACGCAACCUAUGACAGCAAGGAUUCUCUCACAAGCGUGUAUCCUUACAUGAGGAUUCGAAUCUUUGCUCCAGUAGAGAUCCAGAACCUUCUGCCCUAUGACUUCAAGUACCGCAUCUAUGACAAGAACACGAAGAAGGACUGGACGAACUUCUUGAGGAAAGGUGGCGUGAGCCCCGUUCAUGUGGUCGAGCUGUCUCAUCUGCUUUUGCUCAGCAUCGACUUGGAGGACACAGUAUUCCGGCAAAGCGAGUUUAGCAUUAUCAACGGAAACGCCCAAGACUACCGCAGAGAGCAUACUUUGUCACUGAAGGACGAACGAGGUCUCCAGCUGAAGCUGAAGCUCCAUUACUUCAACAUUCCCGACAGUGGUGGUGCUUUCAAGGUUUCUGUCUACAGCCCAUACCUUAUUUUAAACAGGACUGGUCUGCCCAUGGACAUUCAAAGCAAGGCCUUCCUCCAGUCCGCUCGCAACGCUGCUGGCCAAGGACUCCGAGUUGACCCGAGGGAGGGCGGCCGCGCACUCCCAUACAUGUACUCCUACAACGCCGAGGAUCAGAAGAACCGAUCUAUUCUGAAGGUCGGCGAUUCAGCCUGGAGUAAGCCUCAAAGUUUCGAGGCUAUUGGAAGUACCUUCGAAGUCAUCUUCCCGGAUCAACAGGGCAGAUCUGAGUUCCAUUCUGGUGUCUCUGUUGCCGAGGGCGAGGGCAAGUACAAAAUGACCAAGGUGGUGACUCUCUCACCAAGGUUCAUUCUGAAAAGCAAGCUCAAUGAAGACCUUCUGGUGCGCGAGCCGGGCUCAUCGAACGUCCUUCAAAUCAAUAGUGGACAGUUGGUUCCGCUCCAUUUUCUCCGCCAAAUCGCCGAUAAGCAGCUCUGUCUGUGCUUCCCUGGUGUGAACAACCAAUGGUCUUCUCCAUUCAAUAUCGCAGAUGUUGGAACGGUCCAUGUGAAAUUGGCCAAGGUGAACCAGCGCCAGAAGUUGAUCAAGGUUGAUAUCAUUUUGGAGGGGGCAACCCUUUUCCUGCACUUCAGCUUUGAGUCUCGCAACUGGCCAUUCUCGAUGCGCAACGAAAGUGACAUGGAGUUCAUCUUCUACCAAGCCAAUCCCAAUUUGGAGGAUGACGAGGAUGACCGAUCGACCACCUGGCGCCCCAUUCGCUACCGUUUACCGGCCCGGAGUAUCAUGCCUUACGCAUGGGACUAUCCCGCAACGAAGAACAAAUCUCUUGUACUGAGCUGCCAUGGCAAGGAACGGCACAUCAAGCUCGCCGAGAUUGGCAACCUGAUUCCGAUGCGCAUCCCGCCUAAGCAGCCUGGGGAAUACCAGAAAAUCAUCGACAUCAACAUCAUUGCCGAUGGUCCUACUCAGACUCUCGUACUAUCCAACUUCAAGCCAUCCAAGAGUAUGUACAAACAGCAGAAGGGCCAGUCCUCUUCAACAAGCAUGAGCGCUGGAUUCGAGGUCAAGGAAAUGAAUUCGGAUGUGAACUUCAAGGCCCAGCUUCGCCUGGGAGGCAUUGGAAUCUCUUUGAUCAACCAAAACUUGAAAGAGCUGCUCUAUCUCACAUUCCGGGAGAUUGAGAUCAAGUAUCGGGAGUCGAGGAUCUACCAGACCCUCAACACAACCAUUAAAUGGAUCCAGAUCGACAAUCAGCUGUAUGGUGGCAUCUUCCCCAUUCUCCUGUACCCUAGUGUGGUUCCCAAGACUGGAAAGGAGAUGGAGGCGCACCCUAUUUUCCAUGCGAUGGUUACUCGAGUGAAGGACGACUCCUAUGGUGUUCUGUACAUCAAAUAUGCGACGUUGCUUCUGCAGCAGAUGACACUCGAGCUGGACGAGGAUUUUGUUUUUGCUAUGUUGGACUUCGCCAAGAUCCCAGGUGCUUCGUGGUCCGAGGCGCAGGAGGGCACACUGUGUGAUGAUGACCUCAACAUUCCAGAGCCACAACAGAAUGACAAUGGCCAGGAUGUAUACUUUGAGCUUCUUCACUUGCAACCCAUGCAGCUGGACAUUUCCUUCAUGCGAACUGAGCGUAUCAAUGUCGAGGAUACCAUGCAGCCCUCGAACCCUCUGAUGUUUGUUGUGAAUGUCAUGACCAUGUCAAUGGGUAAUGUCAACGACGCCCCAGUUCGAUUGAACGCUUUGAUGCUGGAGAACGCUCGUGUAUCCUUUGGAAGCCUGGUUGGCAACAUCCGUGCCCACUAUACUCAAGAGGUCCUACGUCAAGUUCAUGUUAUUCUUGGCUCCGCUGACUUCCUCGGUAACCCCGUCGGUCUGUUUAACAACGUCAGCUCCGGCGUGGCCGCUAUCUUCUACGAGCCAUACCAGGGCCUUGUCAUGACUGACCGGCCUCAAGAGCUCGGCAUUGGUAUUGCCAAGGGUGCCACAAGCUUUGUCAAGAAAUCGGUCUUCGGUUUCUCUGACAGUAUGGCGAAGCUUACCGGAAGUAUGUCCAAGGGUCUUGCUGCCGCCACCCUUGACAAGGAAUUCCAGGAUCAGCGCCGCAUGUCCAAGUCUCGCAACCGUCCGAAGCACGCACUUUACGGCAUCACAGCCGGAGGCAACGCAUUUGCAACCAGCUUGGCCAGUGGUAUCGGUGGACUGGCCCGGCAUCCCCUGCAAGGUGCCGAGAAAGAAGGCAUGGCAGGAUUCUUCAAGGGUGUUGGAAAGGGAGUUCUGGGUCUUGCUACUAAGCCCGCCAUUGGAGCCUUCGAUCUUGCUUCCAACCUUGCGGAGGGUGUCCGGAACACCACCACGGUCUUCGACGCAGAGGGCCUGGAUCGCGUGCGCCUGACUCGCUUUAUCGGCAUCGACGGCAUUGUUCGUCCCUAUUCCCAGCGAGAGGCACUUGGCCAGUUCUGGCUAAAAACCACCGAGGAUGGCAAGUACUUCAACGAGGACUACAUCGCCCACUUGGAGCUUCCUGGCCGAGACAUGCUGGUCCUGUUGACGUAUGCACGGAUCAUGCUCGUGCGCACCAAAAAACUCUCCGUCGAGUGGGAUAUUCGCCUGACGGACAUUCAAACGAUCUCUAAAGAGCGUACCGGCAUGAGUAUCACCCUCAAGGGCGGUGCAAAUGGUCCUUUCGUCCCCGUCCAGGACGAAAGCUCCCGGAACUGGCUGUAUAGACAGAUUGCUAUUGCGGUCAAUGCCUUCAACGAGAAGUAUAAUGGGCGAUGAUAGAGAUUCGCCCUCUUGGCCUUUUGUCACGAUGUCAUGGAAAACGAACCGCAUUCAUAGUCCGAGGGGGAUAAGCAAAAUCGAAGGGGC